AUGUCCACUCUAGAUUUCACCUCCACCGUAACACUCUCCGAUCUCCAGAAAUCCAAUUUCACAUCCUUCUUCUGGGGCUGCACCGUCUUCUGGCAAACCCGAGUCGUAAUCGACGCGUUACGGCUCUACCACCGUAAACGCAAAUCCCGGUCAUGGGUGAUUUACGUCAUGAAUGCACUCCAGGCGAUAUCCAUGCUGAUCAAGACACUGUCUGCGGCAAUAUAUGCUAUUAUCCUGGGACUGGACUGUGAUGCACGUGCGUGGAUGAUGAAUGUGUUUUUGGUUGUGGCUGUCGAGGCGAUUUAUGGGUUGUUGCUUGUUAAGUUGCUGCUGUUUACACCGUUUCGACGUGCUGCUCAAGUAUUUUUCGGGAUUGCUGUGUCAGUGCACUUUUUGUUGGUGCUGAGUGGGACUAUCAUGUCGACCGAUUCGAUUAAUUUGACGACGGGGCUGUGUGGGAAUAAGUACCCUAUCUUGUACAAGCAGCAGUAUACUAUUGAGGCAAUCAUUGAAGCAGUUACUUUCGGAUUACUCAUACAUGGGCUAACACAACAAUCAAGUGAUGCGUUUGCCAUAUUUGAGCAGUUGAGGAAUAAUGAGCAUUUACGGGUUUUUGCUGCCAUGAUCUUCAUAACCCUCAAAAUCAUAUUCACAUACACCCCCAUAACAUCCUUCGACGCCAGCGUCCUCACCCAUUCGGUCGAUACAGCGAGAUCAGCCCUCGUAUGCUGGGCCCUAAAUCGUGAAGACCACAAAGUAACGGCCGCACUCGAGAAAUCCAUGUCUACAGACCCGUCACGCCGUCUUGGCCCCAAAGGACCACAGCCAGAUAUUACUGAAUCGCAUAUUGAGAAAUCCGUGGGGUGGAAUAUAACGGGAGGGCAGAGACGGCAGCGUAAUGGGAAUAUGGAUGCUGUGAAAUCGAGAUAUGAUACGGAGGAUUGGGAAGGGUUUGAAGCUGGUGCGAGUAUUGUUAUUGCGGAGGAGAGUCCGCCGGCUAAGAGGAAGGAGGGUGCUGGUGUGCCUGAUUCCAGGUGGACGUUGACGAUUGAUGAGACUAUUGAGGAGAAGUCGUCGGCGGAGCAGUCGUCGAGGAGUUAG